AUGCUUCGCGCCGAAGCGCCAGUCUAUGGCUGGAGAAGGCCUUACGCCGGCAGUGUCCGCCCCCCGUCUUUCUCCUCCCUGGCCAACUCCAUUUUCCCGCCUCCUGUCGCUUCUUUGUCUCAUUAUAAGCUGUCCGCCUUGAUCUGUCUGUCGUCACCUCCGGACAUCUGUGCUCCGCGGCCUUGUUCAACGCAAAAGAGCAAGAGUAAUACGGGAACUGGUGCUGGCGAUGGCGAGGACGCGAAUGCCACUGAGUCCGAUGCGCCCACUGGGUGGGAGAACGGCCAGCUCUGCUUGAGUCGCGUCCAUGGCGGCGUCUGCUGGAUCCCUGUUGGUGCCAGCCGCAUGUGCGGAAUGGUUUUCGAUGUGUCUACCUCGCUGUAUAGACACAUGCGCCAGGAACACCGCAUCAGCCUCCGCCCGAACAGCCGCAGUAACAUCUUGAUCAGCGAGACAGUUGAGGGCGAGCAGGCAUUGCUUCGCUAUGCUCGUGCCCAGCACUGGCGCAAUGCCAGUGACCCAUUGGGAUAG